AUGUCAUCCUUCCUGUUCCGCCGCGCGACCGCCGCCUCUGCUGGCGCUGCCCGCUCCUUCACCACCUCCUCUCCCCGAUCCGUCGCCCGUAUCUCCAUCAUUGGCAACCUCGCAGAUACACCCGAGAUCCAGCCCACCAGCAGCGGUCGCGAGAUCCUCAAGUACGCCGUCGCCAGCAACUCCGGUCCCAAGGAUAACCGUCAGACUAGCUGGUUCCGUGUUACCAGCUUCGCUGAAGGUCCCCGCAAGGACUUCUUGCUGAGCCUACCCAAGGGUUCCAUGGUCUACGUUGAAGGCGAUGCCUCCAUUAACACUUACCAGGAUGCCAAUGGUCAGACUCGAAGCAGCCUGAAUGUCGUUCAGCGCAGCAUUGAGGUUCUCAAGCGACCCCAGAACUCUGGCCAGGCCGAGUAA